CAAAAUCACAUCAAGCUUUUAGAACUGUAGCUUUCACUGAGAUUGUUUCCUAUGCAGACAACACUCAGAUAGGAGCUGUUGGUAUUUUGUGAUAUUGAAGAGAUUAUAAGAGAGCAGGACAGUGAAGCACUGAAGAUACCAAGUCUGCUUAUUGUUGCUUUAUCUGGGGGUAGUCCCCUUAGCCAAGUUUAGUUCUUGAUUGAGUAAGUGAAUUACAGGCCAUGCACCUCCCUUCCCCUUUCACUCUGCCGCUCAGUAGUCCGACUGACACAUCAGGAGAAACCUGAUAAACUGCUGCUUCAGUCAAGAUGUUCCUGUGUUGUUGGCUGGCUCUGGUGGCUUUAAUCCCUAUGACUUCAGGCACCAAUCCUGGGGUAGAGGUCAAGCUAACAGAAAAAGGCCUGGAAUAUGGCAGACAACUGGGGAUGGCUUCGAUCCAGCAGAAACUCAAAACCAUCAAAGUCCCAGAUAUUUCAGGGUCACAGGAGGUGUCUCCCAUCGGCAAGGUCAAGUACAGCCUGUCAAAUAUGCAAAUAGUGGAUGUGGGAUUACCGAAGUCUGCGCUGGAUUUGGUGCCAGGGACUGGUGUCAGACUGUCCAUUGGUAACGCCUUCAUCCAGCUGCAUGGAAACUGGAGGGUCAAAUACAUCAAAAUAAUAAAGGACAGCGGCUCUUUUGAUUUGAAUGUCAACGACCUCACUAUCACUACAAGUAUUGCCAUUAAGAGCGACGAGACGGGCCGACCUGUGGUCAGUAGUGUCAGCUGUGCGGCCACUGUCGGCAGUGCGAGCAUCAAAUUCCACGGUGGAGCCAGCUGGCUGUACAAUCUCUUCAAAAACUUCAUUGAUAAGGCUUUACGAAAUGCACUGCAGAAACAGAUCUGCCCUCUGGUGGCCGAUGCAGUAUCUGAUUUGAACCCUCAGUUGAAAACUCUCAAUGUUGUAGCCAAGGUGGACCAGUAUGCAGAGAUUGAAUAUUCCAUGGUGUCAUCACCCACAGUGUCAAGUUCUUCUAUAGACUUCAGCUUGAAGGGCGAAUUUUACAACAUUGGGAAGCAUCAGGAGCCUCCGUUCUCCCCCGCAGCCUUUUCCCUGCCGCCCCAGGUCAACAACAUGUUGUACAUCGGCGUGUCUGUCUUCACCACCAACUCUGCGGCCUUCGUCUACAACACAGCUGGAGCCCUUAGCCUGUACAUCACUGAUGAUAUGAUCCCACAAGGCUCUCCCAUCCGACUCAACACCAGAACAUUUGGAGCCUUCAUCCCACAGAUUGCCAGGCGUUUCCCGGGUCUGAUGAUGAAACUGCUGGUGAAGACGGUGAAAAGUCCCGUCAUCACUUUUCAACCCAACAACGUGACAGUUCAGGCGACUGGCACAGUGACGGCCUACGCUAUCCAAGCCAAUACCACACUUUCCCCUCUCUUUGUCCUAAACUUGGAGACCAGUGUCAGCGUACAACUGUUUGUCAGUGAAAUGAGGCUGGCUGGAGCUGUCACCCUAAACAAAAUGGAUCUGACCCUGGGGACAAGUUAUGUGGGAGAGUUUCAGGUCAAAUCCCUCAACAGCAUCCUCCAAAUGGUCCUCAAAGUGGUAGUGAUACCUAAAGUCAAUGUUCAACUUGCAAAGGGAUACCCACUUCCUACACUUGGAAAGAUGAAGCUUGUGAACACUCAGCUACAGGUCCUAAAGGACUAUAUGCUGAUUGGGACAGAUGUUCAGUUCAUUGGCUGAACGGCAUUUCUGGAAACUCCCAGAAUUAAUUUCAUGCCGCCAUGAAGACACAACCACAGCCAGAGUUCAACUACCUGAGGGAAAAAACUGAAUGAUGUACAAAUAUUACUUCUACUACGAGCCUGAGAAAUGCAGAUCUCCUGUUUGCAUUUGGAUAUAGUCUAAUGUUUUUUUAUAAUCUGUUCUUUAUA